UCCCGCAGAAACUUUUGCCCAGAGUUUACAGGUUUUUUGUUUUCUUUCACAUCUGAGCUGAGAUCUCUAGAGAUAGAGAGAGAGAAAAUGGGCAUCUCUAGUGAGGAAGCAAUCAAGCAAUUACGUACUUUAAUGGAAGAUGUUGAUGAAUCACUGAGAGAGUCGUAUCGGAACAUUCAUCAAGGGUAUCCAACAGAGACUUUGUUGCGCUUUCUAAAAGCGAGGGAUUGGAAUGUCCAGAAAGCUCAUAAAAUGUUGCUUGAGUGUUUAGAAUGGAGGACUCAAAACGAGAUUGACAAGAUUCUUACAAAACCCAUCGUUCCUGUUGACCUGUACAGAGCAAUCAGAGAAUCUCAGCUUGUCGGUAUCUCUGGUUAUUCAAAAGAGGGUCUCCCUGUCAUUGCCAUUGGUGUGGGGCUUAGCACAUAUGACAAAGCCUCCGUUCACUACUAUGUACAGUCUCACAUUCAAAUGAAUGAGUUCCGGGAUCGUGUCGUUUUGCCAUCUGCUACAAAGAAACAGGGACGACCAAUUUGCACUUGUUUGAAAAUUUUGGAUAUGUCUGGUUUAAAGCUUUCAGCUUUAAGUCAAAUUAAGUUAAUGACAGCUAUAACCACAAUUGAUGAUUUAAACUACCCAGAGAAGACAGAGACAUAUUAUAUUGUCAAUGUCCCUUACAUAUUCUCUGCUUGUUGGAAAACCAUAAAGCCUCUGUUGCAGGAGAGAACAAAGAAGAAGAUUCAAGUGCUGAAAGGCUGCGGGAAAGAUGAGUUGCUAAAGAUAAUGGACUACGAGUCUCUGCCACAUUUCUGUAGAAGAGAAGGGUCUGGAUCUGGUAGGCAUAUCUCAAAUGGAACAGUAGACAAUUGUUUCUCAUUGGAUCACUCUUUCCACCAAGAGCUUUACAACUAUGUCAAGCAACAGGCUCUGGUUAAAGGGUCGAGUGCACCGAUCAGACAUGGUUCGGUCCACGUUAGGUUCCCUGAGCCAGACACGGAAGGCACCAAGAUAUUCGAUACCUUAGAAUCUGAGUUCCAGAAGCUUGGAAAUGACCAGAAGGUCUGAUUCCUCAUUUGAGCCGUCUUAUAACACGAGUUUGCCGACCAAGAUGAAACAAAAACCGGAAUUUUCUCUGGUUUAAAGUUUAUGAGCAGUAUUUAAGAUAAGAGUCAGCUUUACUUGUUUAGCAUCUCAAGAUUGUAUUCCUAGAUUUGCUUGCAUCAGCUAGAUGCAGGGUUGUUUGAAAAAAAAGAAGAAAGGGAAACACAAUUUCCUCGAAAUGGAUCUUAUGAUCGAAUAUAUAUAUAUAUAUAUAUAUAGAA